AUGCAAUUAUUACGUGGAAAUUACGCUCCAAUCCCAACUAUAUACAAAGACGACGCAGAGCAAAGUAUCGAUUAUGAAGCUAUCACUGCUCACGUUCACAACAUCCUCAAAGCUGGAGUAGUUGGUAUUGUUGCUCAAGGUUCAACGGCUGAACAUGUUGCACUCUCGCAAGAGGAGAAGAACAAUAUCACGAAGGCAACUAGGAAAGUUAUCGAUGAUAACAAACUGAGCGCACCUCUUAUCGCUGGUGUAGGCGCACAAUCGACGUGGGAAGCAGUAAAAAGGUCUAAAGAAGCAGCAUCAAAUGGUGCAAACUUCGUACUUGCUUUACCGCCUUCUUACUUUGCUGGUAGUCUCAAUGAGGAAGCUCUGACGUCAUAUUACAGUGUGCUGGCUGAUAAAUCACCACUCCCUGUGCUCAUUUACUCUUUCCCAGCUGUCACAUCUGGUAUAAAUUUGUCAUCAGACACGAUAGCAAGACUUGCAAAGCACAAAAACAUCGUUGGUAUAAAGCAGACUGACCAUGAUGUUGGUAAGAUGGCACGUUUGACAGAGCUUCGCGAAACGGAUAAUUUCGCAGUCUUCGCAGGUGCCUCUGACUACCUCCUCGGGGCAUUAGCAGUAGGUGCUGAGGGAAGCAUAACGGGUGCUGCAAAUUUUGCCCCAGAGCUCGUUGCAUCCCUCCAAAAAGCCUAUGAUAAUGGUGACCAAGCGUUAGCACUUAAGUUACAAAGAAAACUCGCACAUCUCGAAGGAAGCGUAAUGAAGGGUGGAAUACCGGCCAUUAAAUAUGCUACCUUCUGUGUAUACGGUCAAAACCCAGCUGCUCGCCAUCCUGUCCCACUACUCAGUGAAGCUAUGCAAAAUAGUAUCAAAGCGGCAUUCAAAUGA